GCUAUGGUUAAAUAAAGUUUGUUUCCGCCCCCGGCGCGCAGAGGAUGUCGGGAGAUGUAGUUCUUCCUAUGAUAAGGACGCGUUGCUGGAGUGUAAGGAGGCAGCUCCGCUAAUCUCUUCCCGACACCGGAAGACGCCGGGAUUCUUCUUCUGCGGUCACCCUGGAAACAGGGCUGAUGUUGUGCUGGGCCCGAGGUCUCCUGCGAGGAGUUCAGAAGAAGACUGUCUGCUCACUUCCCCGGCGAGGUAUUUCUCAGCUUCCACCGCUCAGGAUGAGGCUAAUCCAGUUUCAGAGCUCAUUCUUUCCAGGUCAGAGGAUCGGUGUGGAGCUGGAUUUGCAAACAAUCAUUGACCUGAAUGCCUUUAAUCCAUCACUUCCGCACAAGAUGAAGGAGUUCCUAGAAGGUGGCGACAAAUUUUUAGAGAUCGCUAAGAGGGCCCUGGAUUGUAGUCAAACCAUAUUGGCCCGCUCUCAGAUCAAAGUCAUGGCACCUAUCACCGACCCGGAGAAGGUUAUAUGUAUUGGGAUGAAUUAUGUGGAUCAUUGCCUGGAGCAGAAUGUCCCUGUUCCCACAGAGCCCAUCAUCUUCAGCAAGUUCCCCAGCUCCAUUGUGGGUCCAUUUGACCCGAUUGUCCUUCCAGCAGAAAGCCAGAAAGUGGACUGGGAAGUUGAACUCGCUUUUGUGAUAGGGAAAAAGGGAAAACACAUUAAGGAGCAGGAUGCUAUGGAGCACGUGGCUGGGUUUAUGGUUGCUCAUGAUGUAAGCGCCCGUGACUGGCAGAUGGAAAAGAAUGGCAAGCAGUGGCUGCUGGGGAAAACAUUUGACACUUUUUGUCCGUUGGGGCCAGCACUGGUUACUAAAGACUCUAUAUCAGACCCCCAUGGCCUUGGAAUCCGCUGCUAUGUGAAUGGGAGCAUCGUCCAGAGUAGUAACACAAACCAGAUGGUCUUCAAGACGGAAGCUCUCAUAGCCUGGGUCUCCAAAUUUGUCACAUUAAAUCCAGGCGAUGUAUUUCUGACUGGGACACCGCCGGGAGUUGGUGUAUUUAGAAAGCCACCUGUAUAUCUUAAGGCGGGAGAUUGGGUUGAGUGCGAGAUCGAGGAGCUGGGAGUGAUCCGUAACAAAGUGGUGUGAAGAUCUGCCCAUAACAACAGAGAGACAGACACGGAGGUGUACAAGAGGUUUAAUAAAGAACAAAUCACAUUCUAUUAACAGAAAAGACGGUUUCCUGAUGGAACAUGAAAGCCUUCAAGUCCACACAACAACGAUCCUGGGUUGUAAUAAUAGACUAAUUUUUAAGCAGGAAAAAAAAAAAAAAAAAAACUCUACACUUCAGUAAUUUUCUAUUCUAAAUCAACUGCCAACAAUCUGGACCCACAGGGAAAUAAAAUAAUAAUAAAAAAUUGAAAUGCA